AUGAGCGAGAAAGACGUAGCUAACCAGUUGGACGAGGAGGUCGUGCUGCCUUGUGUUGAAGCAGUGACUAACGAGGAGGAUGUGGAGGAGGUCACACAGUCACUUGAAGAUAUAUUGGCACUUGGCCAAGGUCUAGACGACGAGGACUACAAAGCUGAACUUGAGGUUUUGCAGAACGACCCCAACUCGAAUCUCUAUUCUGCUGUUACCUUUGAGGAACUGAAUCUUCCGGAACAGCUUCUGAAAGGCGUGUAUAACAUGAAAUUUGCCAAGCCAUCCAAGAUUCAAUCAGUGGCGCUUCCACUUAUUCUCGCCAAUCCUCCCGAAAACCUUAUUGGCCAGGCACAGAGUGGUAGCGGCAAGACUGCCACGUUUGCGCUUGGUAUGUUGUACCGUGUAGACGUGAACCUGAAGGCUCCACAAGCCAUUUGUGUAGGUCCGACUCGGGAAUUAGUGCGACAGAUCAUGGCUGUGGUAAACGCUAUGGGAAAAUUUAUAGGCGUGGACACUUUUCUAGCCAUUCCAGGCAACGAUUUAGGUCGUGGUGAGAGUUUAAAGGCACAGAUUGUCGUUGGUACUCCUGGCAAAGUUGAGGGCAUUAUCAAGAAAAAACAGUUAGAUACUCGUAAUGUCAAGAUUUUUGUGCUGGAUGAAGCGGAUGUGAUGGUUGCUGAAGACGGUAUGCGCGAGCGUUCAGUAGCAAUCAAACGUCUGAUUAAAUCCCGUGCGUGUCAGUAUCUGCUCUUCUCGGCCACUUACGCUGACGAUGUGCGCGACUUUGCUCAAAAAAUGGUGCCUGAUCACAACAUUAUAACGGUCAAGAAGGAAAAGCUCACGCUGGACGGUAUUAAACAGUUCUGGGUCGACUGUAAGUCUCGCGAAAAUAAGUUUGAGGUGCUGUCGGAUAUUUUCGCUAUCUUGAGCAUUGGAAAGUGUGUCAUUUUUGUCCAGCAGCGGGAAACAGCCAAAGAACUAACGCGUCGUAUGCGUGACAAGGGCCAUUCUGUUGGGAUCUUGCAUGGUGCCGAUAUGGCAAAAGAAGUGCGUGACCAGGUGAUCGACGAAUUUCGUGCCGGCACAACAAAUGUGCUGAUCACAACAAACGUACUUGCUCGUGGAAUCGAUGUGGCAGGUGUUUCUCUUGUUGUCAAUUUUGACAUUCCGCUUACUCGUGAUCAACGGCCAGAUCCAGAGACGUAUUUGCACCGUAUUGGCCGAACGGGUCGUUUUGGUCGCAAAGGGUGCGCAAUUAAUUUUGUACACGACAACAAGAGCAAGCAGGAUCUAGCUGAGAUUGAAGAGUACUAUGCACGUCCCAUUACCCAGGCUCCUGCAGACGACAUUGAGGAACUCGAAAAGUUGUUAGCGUGGGAAUAA